AUGAUUAUUGAAAGCUAUGUUAUUAGUACGCUAUUAUUUUCGGUCGAAGAGAGCCCGGUAACUUUAACCAUCUUCUUCAAGCUUCCUCUUUCCUUCUCCAAUGGAGUCAACUAACAACGAAGUCGCCCACGAGUUUCGCUUCUUCAAGGCUUACAAAGAUGGCCGCGUCGAAAUAUUCUACAACACCCAGAAAGUCCCACCUUCCACUGACUCCGUCACUGGCGUCCAAUCCAAAGACGUCAUCAUUUCACAAGAACCCGCCGUUUCUGCCCGCAUCUUCUUACCCAAGAUCCACGACCCGACCCAAAAACUCCCCAUCCUGUUUUACAUCCACGGCGGUGGGUUUUGCUUCGAGUCCGCCUUCUCUCCCAUGUUCCACAAGCACCUCACCUCCUUAGCCGCCGAAGCCAACGCCAUCGCCGUCUCCGUCGAAUACGGGCUGUUUCCGGAUCGGCCCAUACCCGCUUGCUACGACGAUACCUGGGCUGCCCUCAAAUGGGUCCAGUCCCACUCGAACCGAGACGGACCCGACCAGUGGAUGAACCAGUACGCCGACUUCGACCGGGUUUUCUUAUGCGGCGACAGUGGCGGAGCCAAUAUGUGCCACAACCUGGCUGUUUGGGUCGGAUCAGACGGGUUACCCGAAGUGAAAGUGGCGGGAAUGGUUAUGGUGCAUCCCUUUUUUGGUGGGUUGGCUGUGGACGAUGAAAUGUGGCUGUACAUGUGUCCGGAUAACGGCGGGGUGCAGGACAGGAGGCUGAGGCCGCCUUCAGAGGAUCUGGCAAAGCUUGGAUGCGAGAGGAUGUUGAUAUUUUUUGCGGAGAAGGAUCAUCUGAGAGAGGUAGGGCAGUGGUACUAUGAUGAGCUGAAGAAGAGUGAGUGGGGUGGGAGUGUUGAAGUGGUAGAGCAUGAGGACGAGUUUCAUGAGUUUCACUUGCUGAGUGAACCUGAGGGAGAGAAAGCUUUGGACUUGAUCAGGAAGUUUGGUUCGUUCAUCAAGCAAAACUAAUUAAGGUGGUGGUGAUAGGUAAUGAUUACCAGAAAAUAAAAGAAGGUAAAUUUACUAAUUACCUAUCCUCUUCUUCAAAGCAACAAGCUCAAGUUCUGGCCUAGUGAUUUUCGUCCAUUAGUGUGCACUGUGUGUGGCUUGCUAUAUAUAAUAAAUUACCUUCCCACAUCUUCGUGGUGAUGUUUGAAUAUGUCAAGAUCAGUUGCUCUCUUGUUUAACCGUAUAUCCAGGUAUUGUGGUUAGUGAUUUAUGAAAACAUGGUAUUGAAAUUAAUUUAUGCA